AUGGUCCAGCAAGCGGAGAGUCCGGACACGGAGAGCAACCUGCCCAGAGAAGCGAUGGAUACCGAGGAAGGGGAGUUCAUGGCUUGCAGCCCCGUGGCGCUGGACGAGAGCGAUCCGGACUGGUGCAAAACGGCCUCGGGGCAUAUCAAGAGACCCAUGAACGCGUUCAUGGUGUGGUCGAAGAUCGAGCGGAGAAAAAUCAUGGAGCAGUCUCCGGACAUGCACAACGCCGAGAUCUCCAAGCGCCUCGGCAAGCGGUGGAAAAUGCUCAAGGACAGCGAGAAGAUCCCUUUCAUCCGGGAGGCGGAGAGGCUGCGCCUCAAACACAUGGCCGAUUACCCCGAUUACAAAUAUCGGCCGAGGAAAAAGCCCAAAAUAGACCCCUCCGCCAAGCCCAGUGCCAACCACAGCCCGGAGAAAAACACACCCACCGGCGGCGGCGGCGGCGGCACGGGCAGCGGCAAGAGCGCGAAAAGCUCCAGCAAGAAAUGCAGCAAGGGGAAGUCGCCUUCCUCCUCCUCUUCCUCCUCCUCUCCCCCCAAGGCUGGGACGAAGGUGGCCCCUCACCCGGGGGACUACGGCGGGGAGGACUACCACCCGUUCGGGCCGCUGAAAAUGAGCAGCAAGGCGGUCAAGUGCGUCUUCGUGGACGACGACGACGACGACGAGGAGGACGAGGACGACCUGCCGCUGCGGAUCAAGCCGGAGGACGAGGAGGACGACGAGGACGAGGAGCAGCAGCAGCAGCAGCACCAGCAGCAGCAGCAGCAGCAGCUGCGGCGGUACAACGUCGCCAAAGUCCCGGCCAGCCCCACCUUGAGCUCCUCGGCCGAGUCCACCGAGGGGGCCAGCCUGUACGAGGAGGUGCGGGGCGGCGGGGCGGCGCACGGCGCCCCCGCCGGCCGGCUCUACUACGGCUUCAAGAGCAUGCCCAAGAGCGCGCCGCAGCCCAGCCUGUCCCCGGCUUCCUCCAGGUCCAUCUCCACCUCCUCCUCCUCCUCCUCCUCCUCCUCCUCCUCCUCCUCCUCCUCUUCCAGCAGCAGCAGCAGCAGCGAAGAGGCGGACGACCUGAUGUUCGAUCUGAGCUUGAAUUUCUCCCAGCACACCCACGCCGCCUCGGAGCUGGGCGGGAGCUCCGCUUCAGGGAACCUGUCUCUCUCCCUCGUGGAUAAGGAUUUGGAUUCGUUCAGCGAGGGCAGCCUGGGCUCGCACUUCGAGUUCCCCGAUUACUGCACCCCGGAGCUGAGCGAGAUGAUCGCGGGCGACUGGCUGGAGGCGAACUUUUCCGACUUGGUCUUCACUUACUGAGGAAGCGAGAGGGGGAGAGAGAGAGCCGAGGGGAACGCGGCGCGAAGGCGAGCAGCGAGAGAGGGCGAGAGAUCGAUCAAAAGGACUGUACGAAAAAAGAAGAAAAAAAUCGGUAAAGGAAAGAUUAUGCUAGUGCUAUACGCUUAAAAAUGGUGGAGUUUUGAAGUGAAGUCAUGAUCAACAUGUCUUUGGGUUUUUCUUUUCUUUCUUUUUAAAGUCUUGAAGUUAGUUCCAAACCGAGUCCGGAGUUGUGAUUUCCCCCCCACCUCCUGAUUUUGCAUUUCUUUUCUCCUUUUCCCCCAUUUUUUUUUUUUUUUAAUUGGUGAUCACAACAGCAGCAGCAAGGAGAAAAGGCAAAUGGGACUGGGGGUUAAAAGAUGCAGAAGGCGCUGUUUGAAGCUUGUCGGUCUUGUGAUUGAAGUCUGGAAGAUGGUCUGCAAAAAAAAAAAGUCUUUUGGCAGCACAACUGUAACUCAAGGGGGUUUGUGGAAUUUUUUUUUCUCCUGCAAAGAUUUUAAAGGACUGUUUUGAUUUUGUAUUUUUUCUUUUCUCUCUCUCUCUGUUCUUUCUUUCCUUUUUCUUUCCUUUUUGUGUAAAAGGGACCAUUGCAACUGUUUUGUUUGUUUGGAGGGAGAAAACUGAUGUCUUCUAUGCAUCCGAUUCUUAACAAAGCUGCAGGGAGCUUGAAAAAAAAUGCAGACUGUACAAACGCUUACAAAAAAACAAAAACUGUGAACUGACUUAAGAUCAGAGUUUACGUUUCAGAUCAAAUUGUUUAUGGUUUUACAAAUGUGAUUUCUACUUGCCAACUUUUUUUUUGUAACUUGUUCCCUUAUACCUCCUUGAUUGAAUACCAGACAGCCUAGACCUCAGUACACAAAGGUAUUGAAACAUUUUUGAUACAUAACAGACCUCAGUCUUUUUUAAAAAUUAAUAUAUUUUCAGGCGUAUUUUUGUACAGUGAAAGGGAACAUUCUUGCUGUGUUUUUUCAGUAAGACUUUUCAGGCACUUCUUCCCUUUUAUUUUUUAUUUUUAUUGUUUUUCCUCUGUUUUUAGCAUGCAAGUAAUAUGGGUACGUUUAUGUCCUGGUUUUAAAAGGAUUAAAAAAAAUCCUUGCAUCUAAAGGCCUUGUGGUUUAAAAAGAAAAAAAGAAACAAAACACUUUUUUGUACAGCUAUAGUUCAGAUUUGUUCAAUAUUUGUAGGUAAAGAUUUAUUGAAAAUGGUGAUAUAGACCUCAGAGCUGUUAUCUUAGUUUAAAAGAUUGUAUAUGUACUGUACUAUAGUAGGAAUUUAUGUAUCUCAUACGCUGUGAUAUGUGGAUGGGGGGCCCAGAUGGAAGGUAUGAAACUGGAUUCUCGACUCUUUUUUUUUUUAGCAAAAAAAGAUUGAAAUGGGAAAAAGAAAGGCACAUAGUAAAAGAAAAAAGUUUCUCAUUUUGUGCAAUAUAAUUCUUAAAAGUACAGACCAUCUGCGUAUUUUGUAGCAAACGAUGGCAAAAAACAGACUUGUGCACUGUCAACAUCAUUACCUGUUUUUUUUUUAAUGCUGAAGUCUGUAUCUUGACAAUUUUAAUA